UUCCAACAUUGGAUUCUUAAAAAAUGCUAUUUUUAUUUGGCUUUGUUUUGUAAAUACAAUAGUAAGUACGAAAUUUGAUACCAAACCGGAUGUACUAAAAUCUUCAUAACACGUAAAUGUGCUGAUACAUCAUCUAAACAAGAUAUAUUUCCAGUGUUUCGAUUCCCAAAAUAGUCCUCGACAGGCAUUCAAAUGCGGCUAAAAAAAUCGUGACGUGCCGUAUGCUUUCCUUGAACUACGAAUUUCCUAUGCUUUUUGUUGGAUUCUUAAAGUAAAAUUAAGUCUCAGUAAUCUUACUGUAGGUAUAUUGAAAGUAAAAGCACCAAAAAUGGCAGCAGAAAUUUUAGAAAAGGAUUCCAAUAUGGAAUCAUCAGAGGAUGAGGAUAAUAUAAUCCAAUCGGAGGAGCAGGACGCAGACAUGAUGAGCAUGUUUGCUAGUGUGUGGGUGAAAGUGGAAGUAGAGGAAGAUGAUGCUAAUGAACUCAGCAAUCGUGUUAAGAAAUCUUCGAAAAGUAAGAAAAAGUAUAAGAGAAAAAGGUCUAAUAAAGUACUCUCCUGUGGCGAAUGUGACUACACUACAACAUACAAAAACUGUUUAGAGGCCCACGUGGCCAGUCACAGUGCCUCCAAACCUUUUUCCUGUGACCAGUGCAACUACACCACCAAGUACUCCACGGCCCUGCAGAGGCACAUCACAAUCAAACACACAGCACGAGAACCUAGGACCCUUACUGAUGAAGAAAAAAAGACAAUGCCACUUCACAAGUGUAGCGACUGUGAUUAUACUUCAUACUUUAAAUGGAAUCUGAAUGCUCACAAACGAAAACACAAGCUAGAGAAACAAUUCAAAUGUAAAUAUUGUGACUAUGCAACAGCAUACAGGCACAACUUCCUGAAACACAAUAAAGUGCAUAACGAAGGAGUGUUCUAUAAGUGUGAUAAGUGUCCAUUUGUGACAAAGUUUGAAGGCCACAUCACAAGACAUCUGUCCAAAAUACACAACGAAGUUACAGAGAAAGCCAACAAGUGUGACAUGUGUGAUUUUGCAACGCUAGUUCGUUGGCGUUUGAACGUUCAUAAACAGAGAAGCAGACAAGAGAAUCCUAUAAAGUGCAUGCAUUGCGACUUUGAAACGAUUUACAUGUGUGAGAGUAAAAAACAUAAGGUUUCACAUUAUAAUAAAAUAUAUGGGAAUGGUUAUCUUAACAAUAAGCCAGAAAUGGAUCAAAUGAACCUGGUGGUGGAAGAGAAACCUGAUCUCAUAACUAAAGAAAUGCUUGAGCCACAGAAACGGGAACCAAAUCAAUACACACUUGAUCCAAACUGCUUAGAUUGGAACAGCAUUCAAGUUCUAGAAUCAGAGGACAAGGAAAGGCCAUUUUUGUGCCACAUGUGUAACUACACAUCCAAGUUCAAAGCUGCUGUGCAACGUCAUUUUCAAAGACACCACACAGGCAGCCAAAAUCGCCCUUACAAAUGUGUAAACUGUGACUUUUCAACAAAAACUAAAGAUCAGAUAGCAUUGCACAAUAAACGAAGCUUAUCAGACAAGAUAUUGUUUUGUGUCAUCUGUAACUUUACCACUAAUUACAAAUGUCAAUUUGUUAUGCAUCAGAAGUGUCAUUAUGCGUACAAAUGUACUAUAUGUCCGUACUCAUGCAGACACAAAUAUGAAUUGCAAAAACACUUUACAACUAUGCAUUUGGGUAACGGGCUAAAGUGCAGUUUCUGUGAUUACCGAGCAGCUAGGAAAGAGAGUCUGCUGUGUCAUGAAACAAUUCACACAGGUAACAAGCCUUUCAAAUGUACACACUGCCCGUACAUGUCUGUACGGAAAUGUUUGUUAGAUUAUCAUUUGAAGAGGUACCACAGUGACAUAAAACAGGACAUAACAAUUGUUAGUGAAGAUAAGAUUGAGUCGUUAAAAGUGCCACUACCAAAAUUGAUAAGUGAUAAUAUAGAUCCAAAAUUGUUAGGGUCCAGCUUGGAAGAGAUCAAACAAAAAAUGGGAUGGAAGGAUCCAAUCGACAUGAAAGAUUUUAAAGUAAAUAUGGGAGAAACUAGUGAACUCGCCCAUUAAGUUGUUUGCUUUAAAAUAAUUAUGGAUCACACAGCUGGGUGUGGAGUGUCUCCUUUCACAUAAGGAUUAGCUUUUGCAAAAGUGUAAAUAAUUAUAAGAUUUUAAAAAGCCUUUAUAGAAAAGCAUAUUUAGAUUGUAAAAUUUUUAUGUACAAAUAAUUACAAUUAAUUUUAUCAAGCAAUGUUGUUAUGCAUAUUUUAUUGUUAAUAUUUUAAUGCAUUAACUUCUGUAGUCAGGUUAGGUAAAGAAUCCAUUUGAGAUUUAAUUCAAUUUGAUAGCUUAUAUUGUAAGGGUGAGUCCACAUUGUCGAAAAUUUCGCUACGGCGCCUCACGCCCGGAGUUACUGCAACUGUUCAUGUAAAUAGAGCUGUAUUGUAUGACAUUAAAAGAGUUCUGAGGAUCGAACUUAGGCAGUAGGCAUUUUCUACGAUUGCAAACAAAUUAGUGCGAUUGUAUUAGAUUUUUUUUUUUAAUGUACAUUAAAUUAUUUUUCAUAAAAAUAUGUAAUUUAUAUAAACCGCGAGCAUGCCGUCAGCAAGUAUGACCGUCAGAGCGCUUUUUUUGUUCCUACAAGCAACAAGUCAAGUGCUAUCAAGAAGGAAGUAUUCUGUUUCAUUUGUUGUUGCUGGAGAUUCUCAGCACGAUUGUUAUGGACUUGUGAACCUGCACCUUGCUUGCUCAAGAUAGUCACUUAUCAUAAAAACAUUAAAAUGGUACCAAGUGUGUGCUUAAAAAUCAAACAAAUAUUGUAAACAGCGGCCAUGUUUGGCCAAUUCAAACAGACAUUAUUCAUUGUGCAUUGCUAAUUUUCACCUACAAAUUGUGGUUUUAUAGGUAUUCAUAGCAUAUUUCGUUAUGCAAAUAAGAUAGGUAUUCUUAUUUGAAGUUAUAGAAAAUUUGCAAUGCACAAUGCAAUGUUAGUUUAAUAGUCCGUUUUAUCUAAUAUUCUCAUUAUUUUUUUAUGUCAAGUAUGUCUCCAAAAUUUUAAAUAUUAUUACAUAUAUAAUAUGAAUUUGAAUUUUUUUUUGAAACAUACUUUCCACUAAAAAUAGAAAAAAUUGCAUAUAUUUGAUAGAGUACAAGUUAACAUGUCGGCUGUUAAGUUUCUGGGCAUACAAGUUGAUGCAACAAUGGCAUGCUGUCAGUGAGUUCUCGGCUUUAUAAUUUUGCAAUUUAAAUUUUUGACUACUGGAUUUGAAUGUUAAAGUCAAUUUUUUACAAAAUUAUAUACAAUUUAUUGUGCACAAGAUACAAAUUAGACGUAAGAUUCAUAAAAUAUGUCGAUAUUAUGUAAAUAAAUAUUUUAUUUGUCAAAUUA